UAUACCGAUCGUUUCCAACGCCCUUUGAAAGUACGGGCUCAACACGAAAGCAUGCUGAGCUCGAAUGGCGAGGAUGCAGGAAACAGAACGACCAAUGUAGAAUAAGUCCAGAACGGCGACAAAGAGGAAGACGAUCACGACAACGACGACGCCAACAUGGAAUUGGACUACAUGCGAGGACCCCGCACGCACAGCAACACGCAGUGGCAGCUCGGGAAGCAAAACUUGCCGUCCGCGUACGACGAUCAUCAACAGUCGUUGGGAUACGAUAAUCGAGCGUACUCGCACAGGGACGAGGAGGCAGUGCGGGCGGCGGCUGAUGCUGGCGCUAGCGCGCGCGGACACGUAGCCAGGGCGCCUACGUCUGCUGGUAGUAACCACGUCAUGAAGUCGUCUGCAGCGAAUCCGGCGUUUAUUCUUGACGACGAGCAGAUCGUGCGCAUGUUCGCGCACGACCCGACAAGGCUGAGCGCCGACAGCAUGCGGCUACACUACUCGGAUUCCGGUGAGCUGAUCGCAUCCGACCUGGACGGAGAUCUGCCGAUCGGUUUCAGAAACCCUCGGCACGACUCGUCCAUUCCGAUUACGGAAUUCGACAGACAGCGCAGCUACAGCUUGAAUGUUAUCAGCGGAAAUUUACAUCAGAAACCAAUCCCACGUUUUGUACCGGACUAUAUAAAAAUAGGAUCAUUCGGCGAGAGUUGUAAAGUUGGCCACAUAGAAGAGAAAAUUAAUGUAGAGGAAGAGGAACCGAUACCUACCGGCUGUAUGGGAAAAGUGGCCGGUAUACAGAAAGUGGUUUCAGACAUUUGGAGAAACCCAUCCGUUAGGAAGGUCGUUUGGUACGCGGUGGUAGUGACGCUGUUGUUAGGGUUCGCCGCCUAUGUCGUCUGUGCGACUUACAAAGAUGUAGAACGUGCUCGCUACCUACUUAUCAUCACCGGAAUAGUGCUCGUAUUUGUGGUAUACGAUCUCAUAAAGACGUACUUUGGUGAUUGGUUGUCAGCACGGUUUGGUCACAUAUACACUGGAUGUUGCGAACAAGUGUUUGCUAAAGAUUGGAUAAAAUGGGUGGUUUUGCUGCUGCUACUGUGUGCGUACAUCACGUUUAUUGUGCUAGAUAUUGUCCCCAAAAGACCCGCAAAUCUGUUGUCAUUGGCCGGGCAAGUUGUUUUCGUCGUUGUAAUGUUCAUCUGCAGUAAAUACCCACACAAAGUUAACUGGCGGCCCGUUGUGUGGGGUUUUGGUCUUCAGUUCGUUGUCGGCCUGUUCAUACUAAGAACUACGGCCGGUCAGGACCUGUUCUAUUUCCUCGGCGAUCAGGCGGCUGCGUUCUUUUCGUACAGUGACGAGGGAGCAAAGUUCUUGUUCGGGGAUCCUCAGUAUCUCGAGCAUCCGUUCGCUUUCCAGGUUCUGCCUGUGAUCAUAUUUUUCUCUGCGACGCUGGGAAUUCUCUAUCAGCUGGGAGCGAUGCAAUGGAUCAUCAUCAAGCUAGCGUGGCUCAUGAGCAACACUAUCGGAACAACAACAGCCGAAUCUGUGAGCAUGGCUGCGAACAUGUUCGUCGGACAGAUUGAAGCUCCGCUGACCGUUCGGACCUUCCUUCCCGACAUGACCAAGUCCGAGCUACACGCCAUCAUGACGGGCGGCUUCGCAACCAUCUCCGGUUCCGUGCUAGCUGCGUACAUCUCGUUCGGUUUGAUCUGUUCGUACGUAUUCCGUCCUGUGGCAUUUCUCAUGGGGGUCGAAUGGUCGGACUGCGGCAUCGUGGGAGAGCUGCUCGGCACUAAGACGUUUAUCAACGAGUUUGUGGCGUAUGACAUUCUUGGAAAAUACAUACAAGACCGAGAAGAUUGCAUCCACCCGUAUCUGUCACCUAGAUCCGAAGCCAUUGCGACAUAUGCUCUCUGCGGAUUUGCUAACUUUGGUUCUAUUGGAAUGCAACUGGGAGGUCUUGGAGCGAUGGCUCCCAGCCGCAAGCAUGAUUUGGCUUCACUUGCUAUCAGAGCACUGAUCGCUGGUAGCAUGGCCAGCAUAGUCACAGCAUGUGUGGCAGGUUGGAAAUAUACACUGAAUUUACAUCUUGUCGCCUGUGUGGUUUACACGUACACGCUGGAAAUACACGUGCAUAUAUUUUUCCAUUUAUUAAUAACAUCUCAUUUGGCCAUAAAGCUAGUUGAUUUUCUACUCGAAGGCUAACUUUUCAAUUUUUAGCAAAGACUUUAAUGAUCAUGUAAAAACGUGUGAAACGUCUUCAUAUAGUGUUAUAAUUGUAUGCCUUUAUACACACGAUGUGUAGGUUAACAUGUUUGC